UUGUUUACACCACCUCCUUCUGUCACCAUUAAGCGCGUCUAUUUUUAACUCUCUCAUACAAAAAAAAAAUUUCUUAUUUCUUUUUUUUUUUUUUGCUGUCUCGUUCAAAUCAGAUUUCAAAAUCUCUUUUAAACAUAUAACGAAUCUAUCCUGAUAGUAUUUAGUCUUGAUUGAACGGUUGUUUACUAUUGUUAGGAAUAUAGAAGAAGGGUAUAUAUCGUGUGUGCUAGUGUAUUGCAAGAACUGAACUUAAAUUUUUACUCGAACCGAUCUAGAUCAUUACCAUACAACUACAUUACUACUGCUACAAUCACAAUGAAGAUCAGUAGUCAUAAUCUUGCAUUACCCCUAGUUAUAACAUUAAGUGUGUUAACUAGUGCUGUUAAUGCCGUAUGGUUGGAUACCAAUAAUGACACCACUAUAUUUGAUGCUACAGCUUUGUUAGUACAAGGUACUCUUGAUUAUUAUGAUGGGACUAAACCUGGGGGAACGAUUGGGAUGUUUACUUCGCCAUAUUAUUGGUGGGAAGCUGGUGGUGCUUGGGGAUCACUUAUUGAUUAUGGUCAUUUCAUGCAGAAUGAUAGUCUUGUUCCUCUUAUUAAACAAGCUUUAUUAUAUCAAACUGGUUCAGGAAAUAAUUAUAUUCCUUUAAAUCAAUCUACUACAGAAGGUAAUGAUGAUCAAGGAUUUUGGGGGAUUGCGGUAAUGGGUGCCACUGAAAGAAAUUUUUCAAAUCCACCUAAUGAUGAUCAAGCUUGGUUAACUUUGUCUCAAGCUGUAUUCAAUACUAUGGCUGCCAGAUGGGAUGUAGCUGAAUGUAAUGGAGGUUUAAGAUGGCAAAUUUUUCAAUGGAAUUCAGGUUAUGAUUAUAAAAAUUCAGUUUCAAAUGGUUGUCUUUUCCAUAUUGGUGCAAGAUUAGCAAGAUAUACUGGUAAUGAUACUUAUGUAGAUUGGGCUGAAAAAGUUUGGGAUUGGUUGGUUGAUGUGGGAUUUAUUACUACUGGUGAUUGGUGGUUUGUUUAUGAUGGAGCUCAAAUUGAAGUUAAUUGUACUAAUAUAACCAAAUAUCAAUGGACUUAUAAUCAAGGUUUAAUGUUAUCUGGUUGUGCUUAUCUUUAUAAUUAUACUCAAGAUGAUAAAUGGCUUAAUCGUACAUUAAAUUUAUUAAAUGGAGCUCAAGUCUUUUUUAAUAAUAAUAUCAUGUAUGAAGCUGCUUGUCAACCAUCAAAUAAUUGUAAUAAUGAUCAAAGAUCAUUUAAAGCUUAUUUUUCAAGAUUUUUAGGAGCAACAUCUAUUUUAGUUCCUCAAACUUAUGAUACCAUCAGAACUUGGUUAGUGGCGUCUUCAAAUGCUGCAGCAAAAUCUUGUUCUGGUGGGUAUGAUGGUCAUACUUGUGGUUUAAAUUGGUUUAAUGGAACUUGGGAUGGUUAUUAUGGUCUUGGAGAACAAAUCUCCGCCUUAGAAGUGAUGCAAAACUUAAGAGUAUUGGAUGUACCAGGUCCUUAUACUGCUAAUGAUGGUGGUUCUUCUGUAGGUAAUCCUGCAGCUGGUUAUGGAGCUAUUCAAACCAAUGCAUCACCAUUAACAUUGAAUAAAGGUGAUAUAGCUGGUGCUGGUAUUAUUACUGCUAUAAUAGGAGUAUCAUUAGUAGCAUCUGGUCUUUGGUUAAUCAUUUAACCCCAUCCCCAUCUUCACUAUAUAAAAAGGUUAGACUUCUCUUAAAAAACAAUAGUAUUAUAUAAAAGAAAGAAAUGUAUAUU